CAAAACCAUCCUGCUCAAGAGACGUGCUCACCUAGAUUUGGGAUCGCACGGUUUCGUCCUGUCGGUUGGGCGUGAUUUCUUGACCGUUCAGGCUGUGUCCUUGCUACGGCAUCUUCGGCCGGUUAAUACUGAGCGGAGAUCGCCAUGGCAAGUCAAGAGAUAUGUCGCGAAUUUGCCCGGGACGGGCAGUGCGGGUUUCGCAAAUGCAAGUUUUCACACAUCAUUCCCAAGAAACUGAACACGAACAAUAAAUACAAAAGCAAACCGACAAAUAAGGCUGAAUUGACCGGUAGCGAGAGUGACUUUCGCAUCUGGAGACAACAUAUUCCACUGCAGCCAGCACAUGCACGCCCAUUGGGAAACCAACUGGGUACCUUUCUCCAGGAAGCAAAAAGACUGGUUGAUCAAGAUGUGAGCAAGCUCCAAGCAGUGAUCCAAGCUUCCCCGGGUGGGCGUCACAAUAAUGAUUCCACGGACAUCUGUGCUAUUCGGAUUUUACCGACAUUCGAAGAGAUAUCGUCUCCGCAUACCGAGUAUCUGCCCGUGAGAGACCCUCAACAAUGGCACCUCGAUGGCGUCCCUGGUCUGCUUGACCGGAACUUUCGAUUAUUCAGAGAGGAUACUGUCGGUCAAAUGAAACAUGUCAUCCGCGCCCUGCUUCGGCCAUCAACCAGGGGGAAAGCAAAGAACCAACUUCGAACGUAUACUUAUUCUAGCAUGAGGAUCGCUGCCUUGUCUUUCAACCGACAUGUAGGUCUCGAAUUCGUUGUCCAAUUCCAUCAAUUGGAUCAUGUCCAACAUCUGGAUGUCAAGCAGCGAGAGGAGUGGUGGAUUCAAUCUAAGCGCCUGCAGGGAGGGGCCUUCCUAUGCCUUGUAGAUAUGCGGGGUGAUAUUCUUUUUUGUACUGCAACUCAGCCCCCUAGGUGGGCGACAGGAAAGCAACGUCCGAAGCCCUGGCCCUCUCUAUGGAAUAAGAAGGAUACCGCGACCGUGGCGUUGGAGCUCAUCGACCCUAGUGGAGACAAUGUGCAGUUUAUCCUCGACCGCUAUCGCCCGCGCGGCGCAACGUUGCAACUUACCCUCGUGGAAUUUCCCGGCAUUCUGUGGCCUGCAUUUGGCCCGACCUUGCACGCAUUGCAGAGGAUGAAGAAAAGCGACGAUCUGCCUUUCGCAAGUCUCUUGGCGCCGGUAUCUUUUGGGAACAGCGACCAAUUUAUAGUGCCUCCCCCGGCCUAUGCUCUUAAGCCAGGAUUUAGCUUCGAUCUAAGCUGCUUGAUGACGGACCAAACACGCCUGCGGCUCCGUCCGGGCCAGGCGUUUGACCUCCGCAAACUUCAGGAACGCUCUGCGUUGGACAAGACCCAAGCUAUGGCACUGGUCGAUACGUUACAGCGUAGAAUCGGUCUGAUACAGGGCCCCCCAGGCACCGGAAAAAGCUAUACGGGAGUUGCUCUCAUUAAAGUGCUGUUGGCAAACGGAGGUAAAGCCAAGGGUAAUAUCGGACCGAUCAUCUGCGUCUGCUAUACAAACCAUGCCCUUGACCAAUUACUUGAGGACCUUAUGGACAGGGGCGUUAUCACGCGGAUUGUUCGGAUCGGAUCCCGCUCGGAAUCAGAACUCGUGAGCCGAUACAGCCUGCGUACAUUGGUCCAAAAGAAGACUCGGACAAAGGCCGAAAGGAGCGAUGCGUGGGAAAUUCACAAUCAGCUGGAAGAUUAUCAGAGGGCUUUUGUUAAUCUGAAGUUGCAUUCCAAGGUCUCAGAAAGCGACCUCAAACAGUUCCUCCGGAAUUACAACCCUACGCAUUAUUCUCAGCUGCUCAAUGAUGAUGAAGAAGGCUUUCAAAAGGCACAACACAAGCAACGCAACCUAUUCCAGCAGUGGGUCAACGCAGGUCACCAAUCAAAAGGAAAACCACGGUCUGUUGAGAGUCUCCGGGAUGAGAGCCUCGACUCUAUGAGUGCUCAAGAGCGACGGAUCAUUUACCAGUACUGGCUCGAAGAGUAUCGGCGUCAAACACAUGACAAGGCGAAGGACCUCGUAACCAAGCAGCGCAAGGCUAAGCAAAAACUGAAAGACCUGCGGACUGAGAUUGAUUUGCGAUGUCUCCGCGAGGCAGAAGUCAUAGGUGUCACGACAUCCGGUCUCGCGGGGAAUCUCAAAAUGCUCCAACGCCUUCAGUCAAAGGUGGUGCUGUGCGAAGAAGCUGGAAAAGUGCUGGAAGCGCACCUUCUGACGGCCCUACUGCCUUCGAUUGAGCAUGCCAUUCUCAUCGGUGAUCACCAGCAGCUUCGCCCACAGAUUCAAGACUACAAUCUAUCCCGAGAGAACGACCGAGGCGGGGAGCAGUACUCCUUGGACCGAUCUUUGUUUGAGAGGCUGGUAGAUCCUGAUGACGGGGGCAUCCAGAUCCCGUUUAGCACGUUGGAAACCCAGCGCCGAAUGCACCCAUCAAUAGCUCAACUGGUUCGAGAUACCUUGUACCCUUGUUUGGAAGAUUCCCCGUCGGUGCUACAAUAUCCUGAGGUAUGCGGAAUGCGCCGACGGCUGUUUUGGUUCGAUCAUCAGCAUCCCGAAGCUGAUAAUUCCGCCGAUGAGUUAAGCACAUCAUAUUCGAACCCGUUUGAGGUGGAGAUGACGACAGCACUGGUGAGCCACCUUCUCCGACAAGGCUCAUACAAUGCCGGCGAUAUCGCCGUGCUUACUCCCUACCUUGGGCAGCUUCACCUCCUCCGUUGCAGACUGGGGGAAUCCGUCUGCAUUGUCCUCGGCGAAAGAGACGAAGAAGACCUGAAUGCUGCGGGCGUAAAUGGUGAUAAGCAUGUUCCUGUUUCCAGGACUACCGCACUGCAGGUUGUUCGCGCUGCGACCAUUGAUAAUUUUCAGGGUGAGGAGGCCAAGGUGGUAGUAAUUUCUCUGGUGAGAAGCAAUGCACAGAGACGGUGCGGAUUUUUGAGAACAUCCAACCGCAUCAAUGUACUGCUCUCGCGUGCCAAGCACGGCAUGUACAUUAUUGGAAACUCGGCAACCUCUGCGAAUGUGGCAAUGUGGCAGCAAGUGGUGGAUAUUUUGAAAAGCAACGGCAAUUUUGGAACUCAUCUCGAACUACAAUGCCCUCGCCAUCCGGAGUUUGCUAUCGCGGUGUCAGAGGCCGAUCAUUUCAUGCAGUAUUCUCCAGAAGGUGGUUGCAACCAGCCCUGCGUGGAUCGACUGCAAUGCGGUCAUGCGUGCAAGCAAAAGUUUCAUGCAACAUUGCUUCACGACGCGGUUCACUGCCAAGAGCCAUGUUCCAGACCUUUGAAGGGAUGUGACCAUGGCUGCCCAAGAUUGUGUGGUGCGAAGUGCCCUAAGAAUUGCCAAGUAAAAGUUGUUGACGCCAACCGCUGCCUUAAAUGCGGACAUGCUGCGACCGAACUCCCCUGCUGGCAGGUACAGGAUCUUUCCCUGGUGUUGUGUCCGGUGCGUGUCGAGAAGAAUGUUCCUGGAUGCAAUCAUACUGUCCGAGUGGCCUGUCAUAUGGAUGUCGGUAAGCCUGAGUUCAAAUGCCAGGCUGUGUGUGGAGCAACGUUGCCCUGCGGUCACACUUGCAAACGCGCAUGUUGGAAGUGUACUGUUCCGGAUGGUGAGAAUAAUGUCCAAAGCAGCCAUGGAUCAUGCAAGCAGUUGUGCGAUCGGAAGCGCGCGACUUGUCCGCAUAAUUGCCGCAAAGUCUGCCAUGGCUCAGAGCCCUGUCCUCCGUGUGAGGUCCCUUGCGAGACUCGAUGAGAUCAUUCCAAAUGUCUGAAAAAUGCUGUGAGCCUUGUACUCUGUGUGCUAUGUGUGGCAGGGAUGUAUGUCUCACUUUCUGCUCGCAUAGCGAAUGCAUCCUGAGUGCGGUGCAAUUGUUCGUAGACAGUAUCCCAGCCUGAGUGUGACGCGCA